UCUGCAGAUGUCACUGGAUCUUGUUACGUUGUAGAAACAGUUGUUUGUUCAGCUUCUAACUGAAUAUUCUGUCGUGUGAAAAUAUGACUCUUGGACAUGUAUGUAUUGGGAGGAAUCUUGUAAGGUACUGAGAAGAAGUAAUGACAUUUUAAGCAACAUGCAUGGUUGGUUCCAGAGACUCUGGAAGUCAAGAGUGUCUUUGUUAACACAACGUGAAGAAGAAGCUAACGCGACUAAAACCUCAGCAUCCUCAGUCAGCAGUGCUUUCCUGUCACCCUCAGCUGCAACAAUCUCACAAGGGACAGCCCCGUUUGAACCACUUCAGCCACCGUCUGCUCUGAGCUCACAGCAGCGAUGGAGCAGAAAGUAUGAUGUGCUUGUGUGCCACAGCUCUGUGGACAGUGACACUGAAGAGGCAGGACGCCUUGUCUCUUUCCUGGAGACUGCUCCCAGUGAUCUCAGGUGCUUUAUCAGGCAUAGGGAUGAUAGUCCAGGUGGUGCAGUUUCCGCAGAGUUGUGCGAGGCUGUUCAAAACAGUCACAUAUGGGCUCUGCUUAUUACUCCUCACUUCCUGCAUGAUGAGUGGUGCAGGUAUAUGAUGCAUCAGGCCCUGGCAGAAGGACCUAUGUCUCAUCGGAUUAUACCACUGGUUAAAAAUAUGUCCCGCUCUCAAGUUCCUCAGGAACUAAAGUUCUUUAUCAACGUUGACCUAAAUAUUAACCCUCAUCAAGGCUAUGCUCUCCUCAACCAAACUGUGCUCAAGUAUCUGGAAGAGCUGGUGAAAAAAUCAAAAACACUUCACUGCAACUCAGAAAGCUCAAGCAAAGGACUAAGUGGAGGCAGUUGAAAAAAGCAGGUCUCAAAGUAUAAUUGAGCCAAGACGUCAACGUCUUUGGAAGUAAAGAGGAGAGAUUGAGGCUUUAGGGCAAGAAACUCUGAUUGCUGCUUUUGACUGAACUGAACUUUAUUCCACGGGGCAGCUGACAUAGGAUUUGAGGUCACUGAGAAUCAAAGUUUGGUCUCAGUGUCUUAAAGGAACACACCCCAAAUGUAUUCUCACUUCUGGUUGAAGCCUGCCUGAUCAUUGUUUCACCACAAAGCUUCUAUUUUUAAGGCCUCUGUUUACCUCGUGCUCUCACACUGUCAACUUUUUUCUUCUUCUUUUGUUCUUGAUGAAGACAUACUGACUGCUUUCACAAGGCCACCGCUUCAUAUGCACAAUGCAAUAAUCAAAAGAAAAUAAAUACAUAAUACAUGUGAGGUUGAUGAAGUUGAACUCAGAGCACACCUUAUUUAAAGACAGAACAAACAAAAGAACAUAUGCAGAUGAGUAGAUUGUAAAUCACAGUCUAUUGGAUUCUGAUGUCAGCUACACAAAAGCCGAUUUUUUUCUCAAAUUUGACUCCUCAACUGAACGACCUUAGUAACUUUGAUACCUUUUGUCCAUUUUGAUUCUUAAAUAUCAGUUCAGCAUUCUAAGCAGGUUGUACUGCACUGCUUGGGAAGUGGUUUGUUGAAAGUUCCUGCUCUGUGGCCUUUCUGGCCUCAGUUCCCCACUGCAUUAAAAAUACUCACUUCCACAAUGCAGUGCUAUUGUGAAGAGAAAGACACACAUUGAAAGUAAAGGAUGGAUGUUUUAGUUAGUUGUCUUAAAAAAAAAACCUGGAUGUCACAAGACUUUUUAAAGCUAAGUGUUAGCUAAUCUUAAAAUGUAAAAUUGCAGUUUAAAGCUCCAGAAACCAUGGUGUUUUAUUUGACACUAAUCUUUCAUAGUUAUAAAAGUUGUUCUUUCACGUUUGUGUGAACUGAUGUUAGGGUUUCAAACAUCCUAUCCCUUGGCCAGAUCUUGAAAAAACGGUCAUACAUCAGCUUGCUUGGAUUAAUAGAAUUCUUUGUUCUCAGGGUUGAGCCAAAAAUUUAUGGAAUGCCUGCAGAUUGUAAAAAAGCGAGCUGCUCUGGGUACGGGAAGACAAGAUCAUAAUGGUUCUGUUUGAGAUGUUUUAAGUCAUUAAAAUGAUAUCUAGAUAUUCUUAAUCAUCUUUAAAGCAUAUCAGUUUUUACACCUGUGUUGCAUUGCUGAUAACUGCUCCCUAUGAGCUUGAGUGCAGCCUCAAAUCCUGAAGCAGGUCUCUGCUGCCUGUUUCUCCGUCCUACUUAUCAAUGAAUGUGACUUUGCUUUUAUUUUCUCAGUAAAGACCCCUCAUAUCAGAA